AUGGGGUUUGCAGAACAUUUCAUCACCCUGAUCUGGAACCUAUUAUCCAACAAUUGGUACUCAAUACUAGUUAAUGGACUAUCGUCAGGAUUCUUUAAAUCAACAAGGGGAGUGAAGGAAGGAGAUCCACUCUCCCCAGCACUCUUCAUAUUAUCUGCAGAGGUACCCUCUAGGUCACUGAACAGAUUAUGUGAGGAUGAAUCAUUUCGGAGAUUUGGUAUGCCCAAGUGGACAAAACACCUAAACCACUUAGCAUAUGCUGAUGAUACCAUGAUUUUUGCACCAGCUCAUCAACCCUCCUUGAAGAAGAUCAUGACAGUAUUAAGCAACUAUGAACAAAUCUCUGGUCAGCAAAUCAACAGGGCUAAGAGCUCCUACCAUAUGCAUGCAAAUACUGCUAAUGCUCUAAUACAGAAAGUGGAAGACAUCACAGGAUUAACAAGAGGUCAGUUUCCAUUCAUGUAUCUAGGGUACCCCAUCUUCUACACUAGAAGAAGGAAAGACUAUUAUCAAGAUCUUAUCAAAAAGGUGAAAGCUAAGCUACAUGCUUGGAAAAGGAAGCUAUUAUCAUAUGGAGGAAAAGCAACACUAAUCACUAGUGUUCUGCAAAGUAUGCCAGUGUACCUACUCUCAGUACUGGAUCCACUUCAAAACAGGGAUACAAAUGUGUUUCCAGAUGUUGGUGCUGUAAACAUCCCCAGGAAGAGACAUAUGAACAUAUUUUUUUGA